CAAAGCGCGCUCCAAAAUGCAAUUUUCAUCUCUUUUUUGAACUUUGGGGAUUUCCAUUCCGCUCCUGUUUCCCUAUUUGAUUUCUAGGGUUUCCACUGCAACUUUGCCAAAUUUUAUUUUUGCUUUCUUAAUCCUCAACGUUCAAUGUCUAGAUUCAGGUUCUAGGGUUUUCACGCUUCGGUUCGUCACUUCCUCUGUAAUAGGUGAGAUUUUCGAAAGUCAAGCAUGGCCAGAACCAGAGGAGAAGGCGAACCAAGAGGCAGUAGUAGAAUCAGAAGCGGAGCAGCUAUGCCGGAGAAUGCUGUUGAAGACUCUCCGGGGCCCGAUGCUGCUGUUGAACGUAGAGUUCUUCGAUCUCGCUACCUCGCUGUGAAGAACCUAAUUAGUGAUGACAGAGAUGACAUAUCGAAGGUUGAUUCUGAUAAGUUCAAUUCAAUCAUCAAUGAAGUGGAGAACUUGCACCAACUGGUACAGAAACCUAGGGAACAAGUUGCUGAUGCUGAAGCGCUUUGGGAUAUUACAAACACAUUGGUGAGCUUUGUUAAAACACAUAACAAGGAAGGAACGACCCCAUCAGAUUUUGUAAGCUCUCUGCUUAAACAUUUUGGACGACAAGAUGGGGCAAGUAGCAGUACUGGUGAUGCAAGGAACACUGUGUGUUGGAAGGAUAUUGGUAUUGCAGUUUCUCAUGUUUUCCGAAGAGCUCCUGGAUGCUGCACGAUGCUUGGACCCAUGAAUACUGAACUAAAGCAAAGGAAGGCUGCUGUUCAUAGAAAACGUGUGAGACCAACAGAAAGUGCUCAGCCUGAAGAGCUUGAUGAUACACUCACAGAAGAGAGAUCAGACACAGACAAGAAUAUGGCAACUAUGUUUGAUAUUUUGAGGAAGAAAAGAAGGGUGAGGCUUGAAAGUUUAGUCUUGAACAGAAACUCCUUUGCUCAGACAGUUGAAAAUAUAUUUGCUCUAUCUUUUCUGGUCAAAGAUGGACGGGCUGAAAUAUCUGUAGAUGAGAAAGGAUUGCAUAUAGUUUCUCCAAGGAAUUCUCCUGCUGCUAAUGCUGUUGCCUCAGGGGAGGUUUCUUACUGCCAUUUUGUUUUCAGAUUUGAUUUCAGGGAUUGGAAGUUGAUGAUAAACUCUGUUGAGGCUGGAGAAGAGUUGAUGCCGCAUAGGAAUCAAGACAACAUAGAGAACGGUUCCCAGGCUGACCAGAGAGAGGUAGCAACUCAACAAACUGGACCCACAACCCCAAUCAGAAAAUUGUCUCGAAACCGUGGCCUGGUUUUGCAGGAACAGUCGGUUGUGGAAGACUCCCCAGGGGGUGAUGAGUCUGCAGGGAGGGCUGCAGCCAUUCGUAAGGGGAAGCGUAAGCUUGGGUAACGUGAACGCAGACGUAAUUUUCAUAGGCAAUCCAGAACUGGAGUUUAGGUUGGCAUCAAGAAUGUAUAUAGUAACAUGUACAUUAUUGUCUUCAGAAUCUUUUCUUCUCUUGGUAUCUACUUUUUUUUUUUUUUUUUUUGG